CACAGCACCGUGUAAACGGCUUCCCUUUCACCUCUGCCACGGACGACUCGAAUUGCUUGUGAUUUACCACGGCGACCGGGCGCUUGUGGCUACCGAACCCAGACCUGGUGCCCAUUUCGUUUUCCCCUUUCUCUUCCCUCCCGUCCGAGUCUCCUCGAUGCCGCAUCGCAUGCCCUAGACUUCGAGAGCCACCUGCGACGGGCCUCUCACGAGUCUGCGACGCCGGCCGCGCCCCUACCAUGCGCUCCCAGCCCGUGAACCUUCUCGGCAAGGCUGCUCCGUUUCAGCCUCUCACCAGCGUCAAGGAAGAUGGCCGUUCGGCCAAGGAGCCGGCAACAGCUGAACGGUCGCCGGCCUCAGCUGAGCCUGCUGUGCCGGCGGAGCAGGAGAUGUCAGGGGAGCUUGGGGAGCUGAGGCGCAUUCAGUCCAAGGUUGCGUUGUGGGACGCUGAAGAACGGCGAGCGGACGGUCGCCAGCUCCGCUUGGCUGACGGGCCGCCCGUUAGGCGAUCAGACCAGAUCCACGUCAUGGGAUUGAACCUGGCAGGGCGAUACAUCGCUCACACCUUGGCUGGUUGCCAGACCAUCCCCCCGGUCCGAUACAUUUUACACAGUCGUUCUCUAUACGGGCGGUGGAGGGAUGCCAACAAGCAGCUGACGCUGAUCCGGGGUAACGACAUCAUUGUUCGGCGUCGCGUGGUCGGGGAAUACAUAUCGGAGGAGUUGGAGGGGACGCCAGGCGAAGCCGUGAUUGAGAACCUGAUCGUCACGGUGCCGGCCGGACAAGUUUUGCAAGCGCUCCAGACCAUCCGAAACCGGCUCGAUCACCGCUCGACCAUCUGCCUAAUAAACGACUGCCUGGGGGUUGCCGAGGCACUCAUUGAAGCCUAUUUUCCGGACGAGUCGAGACGGCCGACAUUCCUCCUCGGGCAUUUCACGACCGCCUUGGGCCACACCGACGACCUAUUCUCUGUUUCCGAGGUGCGGCCCGGGAGGCUUUAUCUGUCGCUGUUCUCGCCACAGGGGCAGCAAGCAGACGGGCGUUUCCGCAUCAAGCGCCACCCGCCGCUGGAACGGACGGAACGGGCGACGAGUUUCCUCCGGCUUCUUACGGCGAUGCCGGGGCUGAAAGCUACGGGGCACCCCAUGGCUGACUUCCUGCGACUCAAGCUGCCAACGGUGGCUUUCCGAACGGUUGUGGACCCGCUGGCCGCGCUAUUCGACUGCCGAUACGACCACCUGCUGCAAAACACAUAUGCUAGGCAGCUCAUGGACCGACUGGUCGGCGAGGUAUCGCGCGUGGUGUCUCUCCUGCCGGAAUGCAGGGAUUCUCCCAAGUUCCGGCAGCUCGCCAUCGCCAGCUCGCUGCGAGACGAGGUGCGCCGCAAGCUGAUGCUGCAGAGGACGGCCGACAGCCGAAUGCGGGCGCAGAUCGGGCACGGCUGGGACACGGAUAUCGACUUCCUGUCGGGCUAUUUUGUCAGGCGCGGCCGCGAGCUGCGGGCCGGCGUCACGGCACUCGACUCGAUUAUGUGGGCUGUCAAGGCGAAAGGGGUGAUCCGCAAAGCUCGCCUGGAGCAGCUCAAGGCCCAGAGCCAAGCCAAGGCGUCGUCGUCAUCCGCCGGCGGCGGCAACGGCCAAGAUCAGGCGCAGAGACAGUGA